GAUGAAGCUACUUCUUGGCAUACCUGCUGCCGCAUCCCCGCUGUGCUUGUGCGGAUUCGAACACUUCACAGCUCAGAAUGAACCAGAAGGAAGAAACAUGACAGCGUAAAAACUGCAGGAUGUCUUUCAAGAAGGACACACCGCUGGCCAAUGCCGUGUUCUGGGCUGCCCACAAGGGGAACGUGGCUCUUCUCCAGCUGCUGCUUAACAGUGGACGAGUGGAUGCAGACUGCAGGGACAAAUGCGGAACAACGGCGCUGAUGGUGGCCUCCUACGGCGGCCACAGAGAGUGCGUCAAAGAUCUCAUCAUGCAAGGAGCUGACAUCAAUUAUCAGAGAGAGACAGGUUCUACCGCUCUGUUCUUCGCUUCCCAGCAAGGUCACAAUGACAUCGUCAAGCUCCUCUUUGAAUUUGGUGCCUCCACAGAAUUCCACACCAAGGAAGGAGGCACUGCUCUUACCGCAGCUUCCCAGCAUGGACACGCCAACGUGGUGGAGACGCUGCUGAAAAACGGUGCCAACAUUCACGACCAGCUGAACGAUGGUGCCACGCCUCUUUUCCUGGCUUCACAGGGCGGUCACGUGCCCAUUAUCCGUCAGCUGCUAGCGUCCGGCGCCAAAGUGAACCAACCAAGAGAGGAUGGCACUGCCCCCCUGUGGAUGGCAGCUCAGAUGGGGCACAAUGACGCAGUCCGAGUGCUCCUCUUGCGCGGGGCGGAUCGAGACGCCUACAGAGAAGAUGGCUCCACGGCGUUAUUUAAAGCGGCUAUGAAGGGACACAGUAGCGUCGUUGAAGAGCUCCUCAAGUUCUCUCCUUCACUCGGCCUCCUCAAGAAUGGCUCGACGGCCCUCCACGCUGCCGUCGCAAGCGGGAACAUCCAGAGCGUUCAGCUCCUCCUCAGCGCAAACGCCGACCCCUCGCUUGCCAACCAGAACGACCAGCUCCCGGCCGACAUUGCCAAAAGUCAACGCAUUUUGAGAGUUCUGCGUCCUAAAGUCUUGAGUGCGAUGGCAGAUGACAAUCAUUGUUCCUGUCUCAGCAUCUGCUUGCACUAAAAUCAAACAUUGGUAUUGGUGCCUUGAGAUAUGAAUGACCUCAGAGUUUGUUUUAAUUAGUAAAGGUUUACUGUCAAACUAGUCAUAAUAUGGAGAGUUACACAUUACGUAUUCAAAGCAACCACUUAGCUUAAGGCUAAUGCUAGAAUAAUUAGCAUCGAUAUGGCUGUGUUGUUACGCUUCCAUGCAGCAAUAAAACUUUUGUCUC